CAAGGGGGAGGAGUUGGUAAAGCUUCAAUGAGGGCUGAGUGGUGAGAUGGACCCGGAUCCCUCCUGUGCUUCCACUCAUAUUAAAUAAUCAAAACUUCAAAUUUACUGGUCAUAUCUCUGAGUUGAUGACUACAUUACACUUCAAUACAAUGACAGGAGAAAAAAAUUUCGGGGGCAAAAUGGAUCCAUCCAAUGGUUUGAAUCGACCACUGGACAUUGUACCAAACACUGACGAGAAGAUGAAGGACAGAGGCCAGUGGAGCAAUAAACUGGAGUUUGUGCUCUCUGUAGCUGGAGAAAUCAUUGGUCUAGGCAACGUGUGGCGCUUUCCUUACCUCUGUUAUAAAAAUGGAGGAGGUGCUUUCUUCAUCCCUUACCUGAUAUUUCUUGCCACUUGUGGAAUCCCCGUGUUCUUCCUCGAGACAGCACUGGGUCAGUACACGAGCGAGGGAGGAGUUACCUGCUGGAGGAAAAUCAGUCCACUGUUUGAAGGUAUUGGUUAUGCCACCCAAGUCAUAGUAGCCUUGUUGAAUAUCUAUUACAUAAUCGUUUUGGCCUGGGGAAUCUUUUAUCUGUCCUUCUCCUUCUCUUGGGACCUGCCAUGGUCCUCCUGCAACAACACCUGGAACACAGAUGCUUGCAUGGAAUUUCAGCGAAGAAACAAUUCCAUUGACCAAAGUCAUCUGGAGAAUGCAACUUCCCCAGUUAUUGAAUUUUGGGAGAGAAGAGUCUUACGGAUAUCCUCAGGUAUCGAUGAGAUCGGAGAGUUGCACUGGGACAUGGCCCUUUGUCUGCUUUUUGCCUGGAUCCUUUGCUACUUUUGCAUUUGGAAGGGUGUCAAGUCCACUGGGAAAGUUGUUUAUUUCACUGCAACCUUCCCGUAUGUUAUGCUGCUGGUUCUUCUAAUCAGAGGGAUUACUUUGCCUGGGGCAUGGCGAGGGAUCCAGUUCUAUCUUUACCCUGACCUGGGACGUCUAGCGGACCCACAGGUAUGGAUGGAUGCAGGAACGCAAAUCUUCUUCUCUUACGCUAUCUGUCUGGGCUGCUUGACAGCACUGGGCAGCUACAAUAAAUACAACAAUAACUGCUACAGAGAUUGUGUGGCUUUAUGCUUCCUGAACAGUGGUACAAGUUUUGUAGCUGGAUUUGCUAUUUUUUCUAUCCUGGGUUUCAUGUCUUUCGAGCAGAAUGUCCCGAUUUCUGAAGUUGCAGAAUCAGGCCCUGGAUUGGCUUUUAUUGCAUAUCCACGUGCAGUUUCCAUGAUGCCUUUCUCUCCUCUGUGGGCCUGUUUCUUCUUCAUUAUGAUUGUCCUGCUUGGCCUGGACAGUCAGUUUGUCUGUGUGGAGAGUCUGGUGACGGCAGUAGUUGACAUGCACCCAUCAGUGUUCCGUCGUAAAAACCGGCGAGAACUCCUUAUCCUUGCUGUGGCCUGCUUCUCCUUUCUCAUGGGAUUGAUCAUGCUGACAGAGGGUGGAAUGUAUGUCUUCCAGCUGUUUGACUACUAUGCAGCCAGUGGGAUGUGCCUCCUCUUUGUUGGAAUUUUUGAGACUAUUUGCAUUGCCUGGAUUUAUGGUGCUGAUCGUUUUUAUGACAAUAUUGAAGACAUGAUUGGAUAUCGACCUGGACCUUACAUUAAGUACUGCUGGUUGUUCCUGACUCCAGCCACCUGUUUUGGCACCUUUGCUUUCUCUUUGAUCAAGUAUACUCCACUAAAGUACAACAAUGAGUAUGUGUAUCCAUGGUGGGGUUAUACACUGGGCUGGCUUCUAGCAUUGUCAUCCAUGGUCUGUAUCCCUCUGUGGAUCGUGUAUAAGAUGUGCACUUCCAAAGGAACAAUAAGAGAGCGAUUCCAUGAGCUGACCACACCAUCUCCUGAUCUGCCUAUAACACGACAGGAGCAGGAGAAACUACAGGUUGUCUUUGCUGCUGAUGGGGAAGGUCUUCCGCAAAGAAGAGCUUCUACCAAGGAUGGAUACUUUCCUGUCAGCGAAAAAGAAUCGCAAUGCUGAAUGCCUUAAUGGCAAGAGACACUAUGGAGCACUUUAUGUUUUUAUAAAUGUGGUCCUUGAAACCCUUACAUUAAUACCUCACACUGCUGAUGACAGCCAAAUAGCACCAAAUUGAGGGGAAGUAAAAUCUUUUUGUUGUGUCUUUUGGAGCUUAGAAAAGGCAAUGUCGCCCUCUAUGGGCACCAUUUUUGAUUGACAUUUGUUUUCUCCAGUCGUAUGGGUCAUUUUCCUAUUAGAAAGCAGUGCAAUUUUUCACUGUAAAAAAACUGUGCAAUUUUUAACCAGUAAAGGUUGCCUAGUCCAUGUAGAUUUCUGUGGGUUCCAGCUUCUUUGUUUUUUUCUCUUAUAUCUUCAAAAACACGACAGUAGGUGGAUUGGCUACACUAAAUUACCCUGGGUGUGAACAUGUGUGAAUGUGUGUAUGCACAAUGUCCAGGAAUGGGCUGGUGUCCUGUUAAGGGUGUGUCCACUCUUCGUGUGCAAUGAUUCCUGGAUUUGCAAAACUGAACAGGAUACAUCAGUUACUGUAGAUCAAUGAAUGAAUGAAUGAAUGAAUGAAUGAAUGAAUGAAUGAAGACUGCCUAAUACUUUUAGAUUUAAACCUGGGUGAUGGGAUUCAAAAAAUCAGCGUUGAUCAAUAUUUUCUACAUUUUGGGAGAUUUUUUGGCUUAUUUCCUCCAUUUGGUCAUAUAUUUUGGAAUCUGUUUAACCUUUUGGGCUGUGUGAAAAGGAUUUUGUUUAUUAAAUACAUAAUAUAUAAUAUAACCCCUACAAAAAAGUGUUUCUUUUUUCAAAUUUCAAUAAAUUAACAUAGAAAUUGAGGCUCUGAUUUAUUAUUAUUCCAUGUUGAACUUGCAUGAUGACACCACUGCACAAUGUAGUUGUGUCUUUAUAAUUGGAAUUCACUCUACAGUAGGAGUUUACACAGAAAAAAGGACAGCCACAACAAUGUAUAAUAUUAUAUCAAGUGUAAACACAGUGAAAUUCACUCACACUACUGUACUGGAAAUGGCACACUGUCCUAAAUUCACUGUCCCAGUAAUACAGAUUUACACAAUGCAGUCCACUUUAGAAUGUCAAAUAUGUUGUAGUAUUUCUUAUAAGUUAUACAAGUAAAAUCUUACUACGUGAGCAAAGCUGUAAACUGAAUGACCAAACCAGACUCAAGUCAAUUAUUCAUUUCUUACUUAAAUAUUAAAUUCAAUAAGGUUCAUACUUUGAAAGUAAGGUUCAACUUAGACUAAUCCCAAUAUAUAACAAUGAUAAUAAUAAGCAAACUGAUUGCAUUACUGCAGGUCUAUAUAUGACAUUCUGCUACCUUCUGGUGAAAAGAUCUGCCAAAUGUACUGAAAUGAAUGUUUUGUUUUGUUUUUUUUCCUUAAAUGUUAAAUCAUUGACUGUUGUGUGAUAUCACUUUACAAAUCCAUGAAACUACACAAAUAUUGUUCUCCUUUUUUUCAUUCAAUAUUUGUAUUAUCAGUAUCUUGUACUGUUGUAUAGUGUUAUCUGUCAUUAUCAUUAGAAUGAUUUAAAAUAAAAAUGGGAGUAUAUGGGUUUUGUAUGAAAAUACAACAAUUUAGAUACAACAAUCAUUAACUGACUUUUUUAUUCAAUAUUCUGUCUAUACUUUUAGAUUUUUAUUGUUCUUUUUAAAAUGUGCUGAUGCAUGACCAGUCUACAUGUAUAUAAUAUGUACAGAAUGGGUACAUUUGCAUCACAGGACAUAUUGUAUAUUCCAUUUCCUGUUAAUGACUCUGAAGUACCCUGAUUAAAUCCAUUUAAUUCUUUAUUUGAGUCCCUGGUGUUACUGUAAUGUACUGCAUAUUGAAUUCAGAGCUUGAGGAAACUGAAGCAUGUAACUGUUUUUCAGUUUUCUUCUUUGUUUCCUUGUGCUAUUUAUGUAAGUGGCACUGCAUAGUAGAAUGUAAUGCAAAAUGCAUGAGGAAAGAAAAUGAGGGGGAAUUAGGUAGGACAU